AUGAAGACGCUGAAUUAUGAGGAUGAGAAGCUUCCUCAAGUCCAGAUUUCCGAAUGCUACCGCUACAUCAAGCCUACAGAUCAAGAGUGGUGGAGAGCCAACCUCGGAAUGUUCCCCGAUGAAUUCACCCCGUGCAACCUGAUCAAGACAAAGGCUGCCUCAUUCGCCCGUAUCCCGACCGCCGUCGAUCCGAGAAGGCCCCAGAGGAACCACAACGAGAACGAGUUCACGAUGAGAAACUUCCCACUUCACGAAGAUAAAAUCGAGGAAAUUGGAAUAUCAAUGGUAGAUAUGGAGCAAUACGCUGCCAUAAUGGGGGAGGCACUCGCGGCUAUGCAAUGGAUCGGCGAAGUCAAUGGCCACAUGUCUAUGGAUAUCAACGAGGUUCACUAUGCCUUCCACGCAAUUUGGUGGAGGUGGAGCGAGCCAUUUAUGCCUCGUCCCGGAAGAAACUCGCCGCUAUGGAAGGCCUUCCGAGACCAGUAUCCAAAGACUGGCCAGGAUUUACGAAUCUUUGGCACAGGAAAGUAUGGGAUCUCGCGGCUUGAGUUGGCCCAUACGUUCAUUGAUCUGGUGGAAGCGGAAGGGGACAAGCGCGCCGAGCAAGCCCGGUAG